AUGCCGGGCCUCCCUUCUUCCGUGGACCUUGACGAGUGCAUCUCUCGCCUCUAUAAAAAAGAGCUUCUUGCAGAAUCAGUAAUCGAAGCGAUAUGCGCCAAGACAAAGGAGCUGUUGAUGCGCGAGAGCAAUGUCGUCCACGUUCGCGCGCCUGUCACUGUCGUGGGCGAUAUCCACGGGCAGUUUUACGAUUUAAUAGAAAUAUUCAAGAUCGGCGGCUGGUGUCCGGACACCAAUUAUUUAUUUCUCGGCGACUAUGUCGACCGAGGCAUGUUCAGCGUCGAAACCAUUUCCCUCCUCGUCUGUCUUAAGUUGAGAUACCCAAACCGCGUACAUCUGAUUCGGGGGAACCACGAGUCACGGGGCGUUACCCAAUCAUACGGCUUUUAUACCGAGUGCUCUCGCAAAUAUGGGAAUGCCAAUGUCUGGCACUACUUUACGGAUAUGUUCGACUUUUUGACUCUGAGCGUGGUUAUCAACGACCAAAUCUUCUGUGUCCAUGGAGGCCUCUCACCCUCCAUCCACUCCAUCGAUCAGAUCAAAAUCAUCGACCGCUUCCGUGAGAUUCCACACGAAGGCCCCAUGGCCGAUUUAGUCUGGUCAGACCCAGACCCAGAGCGCGAUGAGUUCUCCCUUUCGCCCCGCGGCGCAGGUUAUACGUUCGGGGCGCAAGUCGUGAAGAAAUUCCUCGCGGUCAACAACAUGAACCAUAUUUUGCGCGCGCAUCAACUCUGUCAGGAAGGCUUCCAGGUGCUGUACGACGAUCGGCUGAGCACAGUAUGGAGCGCCCCGAAUUACUGCUACCGCUGUGGAAACAUGGCUAGCGUCCUCGAAGUCAGUGACACAGGCGAGCGCUUCUUCAACGUGUUUUCCGCGGCGCCCGAGAAUGACCAAGUCAAGGACGCGCAGAUGAACGGAGGUGGCGGGGAUAAGGGUAAUGAUCCAGGCGCGUUGCCGGACUACUUCUUGUAG